AUUUCCAGGACUAUAUAAGCUUAGAAAUAUUCUGCUCAGCCAAAUGUCCAGUACAUCUCCUAAACAAGGUAUUACACCCAGGUGUGCUCGUGAAAUGAAGAUCUACAGCACCCCCCUAGUCUUCUGCUUUAUAAUCUCAAUUUCAUCAGUGUCUUCUCAAAGUGAAGGAAGCUGCGUUGGGAGAUGUGGUCAAGGCUAUGUUCGAGCAGACCCAUGCCACUGUGAUUAUAACUGCAUGUCUUUUUUGGAAUGUUGUCACGACUACAAGAAAGUUUGCACAACAGAGGGUUCGUGCAAAGGACGAUGUCAUGAGGGCUUUAUAAGAGGACAGACAUGCGAUUGUGAUGCUAGCUGUACAGAAAUUGGGAGAUGCUGCCUAGAUUAUAAAGAAUAUUGUGUCAAACCAGAACUUCCUCCUUCAUCUCAAGAUCAACCGGUUCAUGAUGAAAAAGUAAGACUUCCAAGACCCACUAGGAAACCAGACACAGUGGCAGAAGAUGUACCAAAAGAUCGCAUUCAGAAAGAUGAAGCAAUGCCAGAGAGAGCUAAUAAAGUGCCCCUAGACAGAAAAGAUUCUAAUCAGAAGUCACCGUCAUCAAAAUAUAAAAAACGACCUACAAAAAAGUCCAGAAAAAAUCCUAAGAAGAAGAAAGUUCUUGAGUCAGAAGAAGAAAUUGAAGAAUCUGAAGAGAAUAUGUCUUCUUCAUCAUUCUCCUCAUCAUCUUCUUCAUCAAGUGUAAAAGGGAGCAAAAAGACCAAAAAGCUUUCAAGGAAAAAUCAAAAGAAAAUUAAGGAUGAUGAUGAACCUGAUCCAGACAAUCCGGAUAGAGACCCUGGAGAUCCAACAUCUAAAGACAAACCCAAGAAGCCAAAGAAACCAAAGACAAAGGAAGACGAUGAUGAACCUGAAUCUCCUCCAGAAGAUCCAACAUCUAAAGACAAAGACAAACCCAAGAAGCCAAAGAAACCAAAGACAAAGGAAGACGAUGAUGAACCUGAAUCUCCUCCAGAAGAUCCAACAUCUAAAGACAAAGACAAACCCAAGAAGCCAAAGAAACCAAAGACAAAGGAAGACGAUGAUGAACCUGAAUCUCCUCCAGAAGAUCCAAAAUUAAAACCUUCCUCACCUAAUGAGGGAAAAGAUGGAAACACCAAUGAACCCAGAACUAGAGAAGACCCAACAUCUGAUGACAAGGACAGAAUCCCUAAAAAGCCAAAAGAACUUGGAGAUGAUACCAAAAAACCAGAUGUAACCCCUAAAGACCCAACAUCUGAUGACAAGGACAGAAUCCCUAAAAAGCCAAAAGAACUUGGAGAUGAUACCAAAAAACCAGAUGUAACCCCUAAAGAGCCAACCUCUGAUGACAACAGUGGAAACCCCAAAACUCCUAAAAGAACUGGAGAUGGCCCUGAAGACCCAGAUUUACCUCCUAAAGAGCCAAAUCAAGGAGCUCCUGACAAUGAUGAUGAUAACCCAAGAAAACCCAAAACUCCAAAAGAAAAUGAAGGUGAUGAUCCUGAGGCUACAGGAAAGCCACCUAAUGAACCUAACCCUAAAGAGAAAAAGAAACCCAGAAAAUCAAAAUCAAGCUCUCUUGAAGUCGAAGAAGAUAUAGAAGAGCGCACAGAUGUUAACAGAGCCAAUACUGAAGAGAACACAUCUCAGUCUAAUAAAAGGGCCACAAAAAAGCGUUCACCUACAAAUUCAAAGAAGAAGCCAAAGAAACCAGAGGAUGACGCAGAUGAUCCUUCUCAGAACCCAUCACCAUCAGACAGAAAGAAAAAGAAACCCAAUUCCAGAGUACCGAACAAGAAAAAGGCUAGACCUACAGAUGGUGAUGAUCCAUCUGAAAACCCAUCAGACAAAGGGAAAAAGAAGCCUAAUUCCAAAGAACCAAACAUGAAAAAGGGCAAGCCUACAGAUGACGAUGGAGAUGAGCCAUCAAAACCUGGAAAAGAAAAGAACCGGAAAAAGAAGCCUAAUCCAAAAGGAAAUACAAAACUAAAAAAGAAGAUUGACUCAGAAGAAGAAAGACAAGAAACAGUGGAGAGUGCAUUCUCAAGUUCUUCCCAGUCAUCAUCCUCACAUACUAGAAGUAAAUCUACCAGAAGGUUAACAGGCAAAAACAAGAAAAAACUUAAAGACAAAAAGAAGACUCCUGACAUACCAGAAGAUCCAUUAAUGCCACCAAAAACAAAAAAAGACAAAGGGUCACCUCCAACCCCUGUACCCACAUUUAAAGAUGAAGGUUCUGGAGAUGAUGGCAGUGGAAUGGACUUUUUGUCAACAACUACCCCAACAACAACUGUCCACUCAACAACCACAUUAUCACAGACUACAAGGGAAAAAAAUCAGACUGAAGGCACAGUAAAUCCAUCAAAGUCAGCAACAAAAAUUCCUGAUGUAACUUUAGACAAUGGAAGAUCUACUACACCGAAUAUUCAGCCAACCAAAGAAGGACCUGAAAAAACCACAAAUGUGAUGAAUGCCUCCACUCAAAGUCCAAUAGCAGAGGAUACAACCACAGGAAAAGACAUGACAACAGAUACUACACUUCAACAAAUGAGCAAAUUGAAAACUCCCCAGGAUCAAAGCACAGUCGAUUCUAGUGAUAUAACUCUUAUAACAGUCUCUGGAAAACUCCAGGGAACCACAAAUACACUGUCCUUUAAUAGUGAACCAGUGGAUCCAACAAAACAUACAGUUCCUAUCACCUAUGAUGCUACAACACAGAAAAGAGAACAAGCACAAACCAUGGAAACAAUAGCCUACAGUGAUAUCACAGUGAUUACAGAAUCAACUACACGGCAUUCAGAUCACACUACAAAAACCACCACAAAAGAGCCAAGUACUGAACCACAGCAGAAACCGACAACAGAGCAAUUGGUCAAAGUAACAACGGAAAAAUCUGAAGAUGAAUCUGAGAUUUCUACAACAAUGAGCACUGGUAAUGACAGACCAACUACAACCAAAAGUAUUGUUGUUCAAACAACUAAACAUACAGAUGAGGAUGACACCGAGAUGUCCACGAAGUCCAUGCAUCCAACAAAAAGACCAUACCCUAGAGGUUUUCCUACGUACAAACCAACGGAACCUGAAGAGAUGGAGAAUACUAAAUCCACCAAGCCUUCCACAACUAACCAAUAUCAUGUUUGUGAUUUGUUGAAAGACGAAGCAAUAAAACUGAGAAUAUCAGAUAAUGACCUUCAACAUAUCAUUGAAAUAUGUACUGAGAUGCAGCAACAGUAUCAGUAUCCACUUGUAAGUACACCAUCUCCAGAUAUAAAGCAGCCUAAUGCAGAUGAUAGAAAUAUACCCGCCAGCUACCCACAUCCGAUAACACCUAACUGGAACCAACAACCAGGAACAAGAAUCAUUCAGAUAGUGGAGGAAAUAUAUCGGAGGAUGAAUAGUUCCCCAGUGAUGAAUAUCACAGUAGUACAUGGCUACACGAUACAUAAGCCAUCAAAAUGGUUAUUGCUGCUUAAUAAAAUCAAAAGCUCAAAUGAUCCGGAGAAGAAUUUGUGCAUUGGGCCACCAGCAGAUGGAAUGACUACUCUGCAGAAUGGAUCCAUGGUGGUCUUUCGAGGUCACUACUUUUGGACUCUAAAUCAAGGAGGUGUAAUGGGGUGUCCACGCAAAAUUACCGAAGUAUGGGGUAUUCCAUCGCCAAUUGACACAGUAUUUACUAGAUGUAAUUGUGGUGGCAAAACCUUCUUUUUCAAGGAUUCUCGAUAUUGGCGUUUUACUAAUGAUGUUAUGGACAAAGGCUAUCCAAAAGAAAGUAUUAAGGGGUUUGGGGGACUCAGAGGUAAAGUAACUGCUAUACUGCCCGUCGCUGGAUACAGAACAAGGCCAGAGUCUGUUUAUUUUUUCAAACCAGGUGGAAAUGUUCAAAAAUACACAUUCCGGCAGGAACAAGCCAAAAGAUGCACAAAGAAGAAGCGUCCUAGCAUUCAAUAUCCCAUUUACCCACAAAACAUUCAGACUGUAAGGUAUCGUUUUCCACGGGAUGUAGUAAGACAUCGGAUCCAGAUACAUCGGACUUUCACUGCUGUACAGCAACCUUUAGGUGUUCUUCAUGAACAGACUUUAAUAAGUUCAACAUGGAGAGGUAUUCCAAAUAACAUUAUGUCUGCCGUAUCAUUGCCAAAUUCCAAAAAGCAGGAUGGCUUUGACUAUUACGUCUUCAGUAAAGAUAAAUACUACAACAUUAAUAUGUCAAGCAAAACAGCAGUGAAACCUCCACCUGGCUCUGAGCAAAAAACGUCAAAGGACUGGUACAAAUGCAAAGAAUGAGAGGGCGCGUGAGGCUCCUAAUAUAACAGUCAAAUACAUUAUCAAUAAAGUACUUUGCUUUUUACUUUGACAACAAUGUAAUAUUGUAAUCAAUUCUGAAAAUAAGAAUACUAUUUAUUAUGAAACCAUAAAAGUAGUCCUCCCCAAUGUCUACAAUUUGGAAUAAGAUUUUUAUAAAUAACUAUCAGACAUUAUUGUUUAGUUUAUGGUCCCAUUAUUUUGCAAUAUUUCCUGAUUAUGUAUAGCCUGUGAAACAAAAGAUUCAUAAAUGUACUGUUGAUUCUUCUGCACUCAAACUUAAGC